UAUCUGCAUCCUCCAGGCUGCUGCAGGAGCUGCCUCCUCCCAAAGGAGCUGUCGAUGGGAGCAGCGCCCUGACGUGCCAGCUGGAUUCCUGAGCUCCUGUGUGACUGCUGGAGCUGCUGCUGCUGGAAUAAGGAGCUGUCCUCAGUUCUUGGGCUGGCCCAGAGGCAGCUCCUGGGUGCUGCAUGCAGGUCCUGGACGUGCUGGAGACCAUGGGGAUUGGCAAGAACACCACGUCCAAAUCCGUGGAGGCAGGAGGCUCCACCGAGGCCAAAUACGAGGAUGAGUCCAAGCACCCCACCUUCUUCACCCUGCCUGUGGUCAUAAACGGCGGAGCCACCUCCAGCGGUGAUCAGGACACCGAGGACACGGAGCUGAUGGCCAUCUACACCACAGAGAAUGGCAUAGCAGAAAAGAGCUCCCUGGCUGAGACCCUGGACAGCAGUGGCAGCUUGGAUGCCCAGAGGACUGACAUGAUUUACACCAUUGAGGAUGUUCCUCCCUGGUACCUCUGCAUAUUUCUGGGCUUGCAGCACUACCUGACGUGUUUCAGCGGGACCAUCGCCGUGCCCUUCCUGCUGGCCGAUGCCAUGUGCGUGGGCUUUGACCAGUGGGCCACCAGCCAGCUGAUCGGGACCAUCUUCUUCUGCGUGGGCAUCACCACCCUGCUGCAGACCACCUUCGGCUGCAGGUUACCCCUGUUCCAAGCCAGUGCUUUUGCGUUUUUAGCACCUGCCAGAGCGAUUCUCUCUCUGGAGAAGUGGAAGUGCAAUAACACAGAUCUGACAGUUACAAACGGAACGGCGGAGCUGCUGCACACGGAGCACAUCUGGUACCCCCGGAUACGAGAGAUCCAAGGUGCCAUCAUCAUGUCGUCGCUGAUCGAGGUGGCCAUCGGGCUGCUGGGGCUGCCCGGGGCUCUGCUGCGCUACAUCGGGCCCCUGACCAUCACCCCCACCGUGGCCCUCAUCGGCCUCUCGGGCUUCCAGGCUGCUGGGGAGAGAGCUGGCAAGCACUGGGGCAUCGCCAUGCUGACUAUUUUCCUGGUGUUGUUGUUUUCCCAGUAUGCCAGAAAUGUCAAAUUCCCCUUGCCCAUUUAUAAAUCCAAGAAGGGAUGGACGGCAUACAGGCUGCAGCUUUUCAAGAUGUUCCCUAUCAUCCUGGCCAUCCUGGUGUCGUGGCUGCUGUGCUUCAUCUUCACGGUGACCGACGUCUUCCCCCCGGACAGCUCCAAGUACGGCUUCUACGCGCGCACGGACGCGCGCCGCGGCGUGCUGCUGGUGGCCCCCUGGUUCAAGGUGCCCUACCCCUUUCAGUGGGGGCUGCCCACCAUCUCUGCUGCGGGGGUGAUCGGGAUGCUGAGCGCCGUCGUCGCCAGCAUCAUCGAGUCCAUCGGGGAUUACUACGCCUGUGCCCGCCUGUCCUGCGCUCCUCCUCCUCCCAUCCACGCCAUCAACAGGGGGAUUUUCAUCGAGGGGCUCUCCUGCGUUCUGGACGGAGUUUUUGGGACAGGGAACGGAUCCACCUCUUCCAGCCCCAACAUUGGAGUCCUGGGCAUCACAAAGGUUGGCAGCCGCAGGGUGAUCCAGUACGGAUCUGGGUGUGUGCAGCUGAGGCAGGGCUUUCUCUGCUGUUCCCCUGCAGGUUGGCAGCCGCAGCGCGACCCCGUGCUGGGGGCUCUCUUCUGCACCCUCUUCGGGAUGAUCACGGCCGUGGGUCUGUCCAACCUGCAGUUCAUCGAUCUGAAUUCCUCCCGGAAUCUCUUCGUGCUGGGGUUUUCCAUUUUCUUCGGGCUGGUCCUGCCCAGCUAUCUCAAACAGAACCCCCUGGUCACAGGAAUAGCGGGCAUUGACCAGGUGCUGAACGUCCUGCUCACCACAGCCAUGUUCGUGGGGGGCUGCGUCGCCUUCGUGCUGGACAACACCAUCCCAGGAAGCCCCGAAGAGCGAGGAAUUCGGAAAUGGAAGAAGGGGAUCGGCAAAGGAAGCAAAUCCCUGGAUGGCAUGGAGACCUAUGAUCUGCCUUUUGGCAUGAACUUCAUUAAAAAAUACAGGUGUUUCAGCUUCCUGCCCAUCAGCCCCACCUUCGUGGGAUACACGUGGAAAGGCUUCAGGAAAAGCAGUAACUGCAGGAGUUCAGAAGACUCAGAAGCUACAGUAUAGCCUUAGCUGAAAUUAUAUUAUCUAGUUGUAGUCAAAGAUGUAUUUGCAGUUUCUUGCUGAUUAAGAAGCAUUAAAAUAUAUGUUUUGUAUA